CCGCUACGCGUGCGCGGUGGGCGGAGCGCAGCUCUCCUACCACCUUUGCCUGCCCAAGCCUUCCCAUCCUUGCUCUGCCGGUGUGGUGCUCGUGUUUCCGCACCUCGUCGCGGAGAGUCGCUGCCGAGUGGGCGCUCGGUGUUCGGGUCGUCAUGGCUGGUUACGAAUACGUGAGCCCGGAGCAGCUGGCUGGCUUUGAUAAGUACAAGUACAGUGCCGUGGAUACCAAUCCACUCUCUCUGUAUGUCAUGCAUCCAUUUUGGAAUACUAUAGUAAAGGUAUUUCCUACUUGGCUGGCUCCAAAUCUGAUAACCUUCUCUGGCUUUCUGCUGGUUGUGUUCAAUUUCCUACUUAUGGCAUACUUUGAUCCUGACUUUUAUGCUUCAGCACCGGGUCACAAGCAUGUACCCGACUGGGUUUGGAUUGUGGUGGGAAUCCUCAACUUCAUAGCCUACACUCUAGAUGGUGUGGAUGGAAAGCAGGCCCGGAGAACCAAUUCCAGCACCCCUUUAGGGGAGCUUUUUGACCAUGGCCUUGAUAGUUGGUCAUGUGUUUACUUUGUUGUGACUGUGUAUUCCAUCUUUGGACGAGGACCAUCUGGUGUCAGUGUUUUUGUUCUUUAUCUCCUACUAUGGGUAGUUUUGUUUUCUUUUAUCCUGUCCCACUGGGAAAAGUAUAAUACAGGGAUUCUUUUCCUGCCGUGGGGAUAUGACAUUAGCCAGGUGACUAUAUCUUUUGUCUACAUAGUGACUGCGAUUGUGGGAGUUGAGGCCUGGUAUGAACCUUUCCUGUUUAAUUUCUUAUAUAGAGACCUAUUCACUGCAAUGAUUAUUGGCUGUGCAUUAUGUGUGACUCUUCCGAUGAGUUUAUUGAACUUUUUCAGAAGCUAUAAAAAUAACACCUUGAAACACAAUUCAGUCUAUGAAGCUAUGGUUCCCUUUUUUUCUCCAUGUUUGCUAUUCAUUUUGUCUACAGCAUGGAUCCUUCAGUCACCUUCAGAUAUUUUAGAGAUACAUCCUAGACUAUUCUACUUUAUGGUUGGAACAGCCUUUGCCAACAUCACAUGUCAGCUGAUUGUUUGUCAGAUGAGCAGUACUCGGUGCCCAACUUUGAAUUGGUUGCUGGUUCCUCUUUUCUUGGUUGUCCUGGUGGUAAACUUAGGAGUAGCCUCCUACGUUGAGAGCAUUCUCCUGUAUACCUUAACAGCUGUUUUCACUCUGGCCCACAUCCAUUAUGGAGUACGAGUGGUAAAGCAGCUGAGCAACCAUUUUCAGAUUUAUCCCUUCUCAUUGAGGAAACCAAACUCGGAUUGACUAGGAACGGAAGAAAAGAGUAUUGGCCUGUAAUCUACAGAAGGAAGUACUGUAAAUAAGAUGCUUGUAAAUAUUUCAUCCAUCACCAUUGAACUAAACUGAUCUGCUUAACAGACACGGGAACUCAGUGUGUAUAGUACUUGGACAAAUGAUCUGAAUUUACGAAAUUUUGGACCUACUAAUUCCCAACUUACUUUUUAUAAAACUGUGGCAUUUUGGUUAGGCAUAAUGUACUUUAGACCAGCAAAAUGUUUCUAGUGAUGUUAGCUUCAUGAGUCCAUGAUGUUUUGGUUCGUACAGAGUUAAAGAUGCUUUGUUUUUAUUUUUAGAGCCCCAAGAUUGGUUUAGGAACACUGAUAACAUUAAGAAAACCACAAAAUGUUUUCAUAUUUGAUACUGUUUCAGUAGUAGGUCUUUCGCUAUAGAAGUUAUCAAUAGCCCAAAUCUAAUAUGGGGAAAAGAUAAGAGCAAGUAACUGUUAGCCAGAGAUGCCAAAUGAUUACAGAACAAUAUACAGUUGCCAAAUACUCAUUUCUCUUUCCCAUGGAAAUGCCUUUUGUCCUCAUGUGCUAAGAGAGCUAAUAUAUAUAUUUAGAUUCUCUAGUAUUCUGGCUCUCUUUCUUGGGAACAGAUCUUGACAAAUGGUUUAAUUUAAUUUAAUUAAAAAAAUUUUUUUUAAGUUUAUUUACCUAGUUGGAGAGAGAGAGAAAGAGAGCACAAGUGGAGGAGGGGCAGAGAGAAGGAGAGACAGAAUCCCAAGCAGUCUCCAUGCAAUCAGCGCAGAGCCUGAUGCGGGGCUCGAACUCACGAACUGCCAAGAUCAUGACCUGAGCUGAGAUCAAGAGUCAGACGCUUAACCGACUGCACCACCCGGGUGCCCCCGGUUUAAUUUUCUUUUAAAGAGAAAUAUUCUAUUGAGACUUAGUAGAGAAUGGAUCAUAAUUGUAGCUCACACAUUAACAUGGUUCAUCGUUUAAAUGUGGUAUUUUCCCCCUCAGCGGCAAGUUGGUGAGAUUUGGUGCCUGCGAACUAUGAUUAUAUGAAUGCAUGUGACAGUCCCAGUCCUGUGAUAAUUACUCGUAAGGAACACAGAUAAACUUCCUUAUAAGAGAAAUUUACCUUGGAGUUAGGAAUCUCACGAACCUCCCUAUGAAUUACUGCUAUGAACCUCACUCUGAAAUUAGUUUCCUGAUUCAAUUUGUUCUUCCGUUCAUCCGUCCUGUCUCUUUUUUGUGGAGGAGAGAGUGCUGUGUUUUUAUUUCAUACAGGAUAAGGAAGUAGAAAUUCUUUCUUCCCCAACUUGCCCACUUCUCCACUUCCCCAGUUGAAGAAAACUUUUGAGAUAUAUGCCUUACUUAGUAUCUACUCUCUUUAAAACGACUUGGAAUAAUUUUUGAGGUUUACUGACAGAGGUAAAAAUUCCUUUGACUUCAAUGUGGUUGUUUUUUAGAUGACACCUUCUCAUGACUUUCUUCUUGACUUUGUCUCCGUGUAGUUUGGUGGUGGUGAAAUUUACUUGCUGAUUUUCCUUUAUUUUCCACUGAAUGAAGUUUGUGCUUGAAUGAAGAGUGUAUCUUAAACCCUUUUUUUUUUUGGAUGGAUUGCACUUGGAUAAAACUGGCACCACUGUGUUGAUAUGUAAUUAAAUUCUUUACCAUUAUUUAUCUAUGAAUGUGACCAUCGUUAAAUUUAAUUGUAAUGUAUUCCUUUUUAAAUUUCAGUCUGCUGCUUUGUAAAAAUAACUAUAAUUGAUAUUUCAGUUUUUAAAUUUGUAAAUUCUAAUCAUUGUCAUCCAGUUUAUUAGAAAUGAGGAGUCAAGGAGCUAACUCAUGGUUCUGUACUCAUUUUUAAAAACGGGUCGUAAAGGUUGAGGUAUAUCUGGUGACUUUUUCUGAGACUGAAAAUAGGUGAGAAAUUGAUGCAGGAAAAUGUGAGUAGUGAUUCCAUGUUUGUUAGUAACUUGCCAUCAUGGAGGUCAGAGGAUGAAUGAAUUAAGUAACGGUAACUCUAUUUUUUGUAUACCUUGUUCUUUGUCAUCUGCAAAAUUGAACUGGAUCAAGUGUUAUUUUGGGCCGGGAACAAAGCUUCAUUCAAAGGUUUCUGAGCUAAUCAUUUUACUAUUUUGUUGACCUUGUACACAGAACGAGAGUAAUCUGUAUUAUAUAAGGAAAGAACUGAUAAAUAUUUAUUAAAUGACAAAUUUGGACCACAGGCUUUCUUCACCUUGUACAGUAUAGUUACACACACACACACACACACACACACACACACACACACACACACUUUCUGGCAUGGGGUCGUGUCCUGUACUUCUGGGGCUGUUUUACCUCAAAGUGUGUUUCUGUUCUUUUUCUACUGCAUUAAGUUUAUUUGAAAUUAUUUGUGCCUGUACUGUAUAUUUCCCUGCAGUGGUAAAGAAUUAUGCCAUAGUUUCAUUGGCACCGUUAGAUGAAAGAAAGGUGGCCGUCAGCAAGAUAAAAGUGAAACUGAGUAACUGUUUCAGAAUACUGUGGACUUGUGCAUCGUUGGUAUACUGCUGAUGUUUUCUUGGUUUCAUCUGCCAUCUUGAAGUGCAUCUCGAAAGCCCCAUUUGUUAUGUAGUGAUACAGCAGCUGAAGCAGGACUUCAUUACAAAUAGCUCUGAGCAUUUGUGUCUUGCCAAUUACCACCGCAUUUCCAAAGUAUAAAUGUAAAUAUACAAGAUCUUUCAGGCUUCUGCAUGAUACUUUGGGGGUGAGUGGACCACCCCAGCCUUUCUCCCAGCAUACGCUGAGCUGCCUUUAGGGGAGCAAUGGCGUGGUUGGCCACACAUGCAUGUUUUCUGUCCAUUUCAGAGUAGAGUGCCUUAGCCAGGCCAGAGGUUUCCUUUGUGUCUCUGCUGACCAGAGUUACCCAGACCUGUGAGAAGUUUCUUGUCAGGUUAUGGUAUGAAACGUGCCCUUUGGUGCUUGACAGAAAUUAAUUCCCCCACAUUUGAGGGGGGCACGGGAUAGAAAAAUCUUUACCUGACUAGAGUAUGUUAUUGCCGUCUUUCCCAGUCCUUUACUAACAUUCGUGACCGUCAGUGCAUCGCACAGUUUAAAAUUGUCACGGGUUACGGCAGCGCUCCUCCAUUCGCACACAACCGAUGCACACAACCGGGUAAUACACAAACAGCAAAAUCGUCCUUGGCAUUUGAAUCGCACCAUGCUUAAAAUGCUCUUAAUUCUAAUUUUAAAAAAGCUCCGUGCUGAUUAGUCUAGAAUGUACCUGUGCUACUACCAACAUGUCACUUAUUUUAGUAGAGGUUUGGGGAAGAGGAGUGUACGUCUAGGGUUGCCCACAUUCUAAGUAGGUACCAAAAGAGUAUUGAUCAUGACCCGGAGUCUGGGCUCUGGGGGAACAUGCAAGAGAAAAAGCAGGCAUCGGGUCCACUUUAAGGAGAAAAAGGGGUCACCUUAGUGCCCAGUGAUCCUAGUGCAAUACAGAAUUUAAACUUCUCACAUUUCAAUUUGAAUCAUCAUUCCGCUACUAAUUUCAAAUUCAAAUGUGAAUUUGGAGGUUUCCUAAAUGCUCAGUUUUCCAAGAAUUUAUUUUGUAGUCCGUUGAAAAACCUUUGGAAUGUACCUUGCUUGCCAAAGUAGACUUUGAUUCUAUCACCUGUGGAAAAUAAAAAGGUAAACUGAAGGUGUUUGAGUCAAAGGCUCCAUUUCCCCUUUCCAUUGUAACUAGAAGCCUGUGUGUGACUCUUCCUUUCAUUCUUCUUCCGGGCUUCCUUUGAACUUGCCACCACCGAGGACAGAGGCGCCAACUUGCUCUGUAGCGCCUAGAUAUUGCCACAUUCCAAUCUCCUUGAUUGCCUUAGAUCUCUUUGCUGGUCUAGGACUGGGAAUGUGCUGGAGGCAACAGAAUGAAGCCGAUGGGCUAGAACUUUUGGCUGUGGGUCCCCAGAAAGGCCAAAAAUAAAUACAGAAAUCUUUGGUUGCGUUGAUUCCUAUGUUCAGAGUGGCCUUUAGCAGUUCUGGACUUGGUUGAGCACUCUGUGGGAGAUUUGUGAAGUCCAGUUAGAAUUUUCUUUUUCUUCUCAAGUGUCUUUGUAAGGCAGCAUGCCCUUUCUUGAACACCCUGUGGGUGAAUAACCUUCCUAAAUUAGCUGCCGGUACUGGAACCUUCCAAGAGGAAUUUUAAUUAGUAUGCUUCAUUUGAAGCACUUUGACAUGUAUAUUUUAAGUGACAGUUUUAACAGGCAAAUGGUGUUAAACUAAUCACCGUGAAACUUGAAAGUGUGAUGCUCUCUGUUUUAGGAAGCUUAAGUAAAUUUCUGAUUUUUCUUUUAUUAAUUUUGUGACCCAUGUGACUUGCGUAGUUUACUUUCCGUCUUUGACAGUGGCCCAGAUGACUGGCAUUGGCAGGCAGUUACACUAGGGUUUCUGGUAAAUCCUGGUUGUCGAGCUUUUCCAGAGAGAGUGGCGACAUGUACCUUCUUCCUCGUGUGAAGCCAUGGGAGUGGAAUCUGCUGGCUGAUUCGUUGCAGGGCUUCCACAGUGCAAAAUAAACGUAACCUUACUUUCUAACCCACAUGCUAGUACUACGCUUUGCUCUUCAAUAAACAAAUAUGCGAGAGAUAGUAAUCUAGCGGAUUUUUCUGGUUUGUUUUUAAGCGGGGACCUGCUCUUAAGACAGAGAGAUCUUCAAUGAGCUAAUAUUUAGGGAAGCAGAAAAUGUUCUGCCAUCUGUAGCCUUCUCACAGGUGGCCGGAGUGAGGAGACUGUGUUGCAUUCGGUCAGAAAGGCCGGGUUCCCAGAAUUGGAAAGUGGCACGUGGACUGAUUUUAGAAUAUCUUAACAAGGGCUUAUCCCUAUAGGAAAGUCCAUAUGGACCUAACAGAAGGAUUGUGUGGUCCAUUCACAUUGUCUUACUCUUCACAGAAUCAUUUGUAGAAAGGUAGGCUAAACCAAAGUGGUGCUGUUUUUAAAGCUUGUGAAUUGGAUCAUGGCCAUAGAGUACCUAAUGCUACAUGGAACUUAAAGUCAGUAUUAAAGAUACCAGGAUUGGCUAACUGCUGGGGAUGCUUUAUGGCUCUUUGGCCAAAGUCUUCUCUUGAGCAGUUUCUAUGGGUUAACCAUUAAAAUUUGGAAUUGAUUUUGUUUUUUUAUUAAAACAUAACACAACUCGCCAUGAGCCCAAGAUUCUUAUAUUCUUGACGAGCACUUUUUAAUUCUAAGGAGUAAGUUCUUGACCUUACGUGGAACACAUUUAGUUAGUACUUGAUAUUACUAACUCGUUACCGGAGGGAUGUUCAUUUUACAAGAUCUGUGAAUGUUGCAUUUUACAUCUGUGUGAAUUACUGGUAUCAUUCAGCAUCAGACUUUAACAACUGCUGAUUGAAACUGCCCACAGUAUUAACAUUGUAGGUUAUUUUGUUUAGAUAACUUAAACGAAAUGAGUCAGCUCUCGGGAGACAAAGACCCAGCUACAUGUAAUGACAUGCUCGUUCCAAAACGUGCCAAGAAAGCAGACUUCAGUGUUACACUCCAAAUUUUAGUUGUUUUAUGAAAGUAGCAUUUCCUCUGGGUAGUGGGGAAGCAGUGAGUUACUGCCCAGGUACAGACUCCCUGACCCCUACCUCGUCCCCUUCCCCUCCCGUAGGACAAAACAGGUUAAAUUUGUAGCCACCUGUAGGAAAAGAAAUGGCUACUUUUCCGAGUAAGGCUUCGUGCCCUGUGACUAAGGACAGGUGGCAGGCAUCCUGCCGAAUCAGUUAGUACCUUGUGUGGCUCGGACCCGUUGCAGUUUGCUGUGUGUGGUAUUCUGAAACAAGGACGGCUCCGUGCCUUCUCAGGUACCUAUUAGCAACACCACUUACGCAACUGGAACGUGUGUGCCACAAGCAGAGUGUGUCAGUGAGAUAAAGGGGAACACAAAGUCUUUCGUUUCCUCUUUCAGGUAGUUGAAUGGAGCAUAUUCAUAAUGGGUCUGUCUAGAACUUGCUGUGUUCGUGGUAAAUAAUGUAGCAUUUAUCUGGUUAUGUGUGGUGUGUGUGUAUAUACGUAUUUGAUAUGUACACAUAGGUUUUCUGCAUAUCUGUGUAUGAUAUAUUCAUAUAUACAUGCAGCGUGCUCUUGAUUAUCUGCAAAAAUGGUACACCCUCGUUAGAUUGUCUCUUCCUGUUGACCUAAUCGGCACGUAGCCCCUAACUCUGAAGCCUCUUCCUCCUCUAGAGCCACAGUCGUUCCUACUUGCAGUUCAUCUCAAUCCCCACGGAAGGCCCGUGUGAAAUACGUCUCUUUCUGUUUCCCUUCCACCAGGGAUUGUGAGCCAGAAAGACAGUUUUUGAAGAAGACGGCUGCUUCCGUCAGGUUUGAGUCUUCUGGCUCUGAAUGGUGGUGGGGCCCAUCCCUGGCCAGAAGGCAGCUCUGGGAGCAGUUGUUGUGCUCAAGAGCUCGAGGGGGGAAGAGAUCUAGCUCUUGCAGAAAUGGGCCUUUACAACUUGCUUAAAAGUUCCUUAUCUGCAGUGUUGUGAAGUCGUAGACAGUUUGGUCCACAAAUAGAUCCUAUCACUGUUACUUUUGCAUCGUUGGUGUUACUGUUCCCCAUUGCUGGCCCCGAUAAUCAAGACCUGACUGUUUCUUGCCAGUGGAUUCUGGAAGCCUUGCCUUCUGAACUGGAUUUAUGUUUAUUUCUGCUGCUGUGAACCCCAAAAGUAAUGCAGUAGGUUUUAAUUUAAAAUUGUUUCAUUCUAUUAUUGAUAAAUAUUUAUUGUAAUAAAAGUAAAGAGUAAAUAAUUUUUAAAUCCUUUUAA